UCAGAUUCGUCCGACAGCUAUCCCGCCAGUACAUGGCGCCAUGAUUUCAAAGCUUUCAAGUUUCCCCCCCAAUAUUUUCACUUCUCAUUUCCCCCUCUGCACACACCAGUGCACCACCCUUUCAGCCUUCAAUUUGACACCGCCGUACUCGUCAACUCUCUGCUCCGCCUCCUCUCUCUCUGAUCGACCGGGAACACCAUUGUUACAUGCUUUUCGUAUAGAAAGCCGCUAGGGAAAGUUGGUGAGCAUGCUAUUUAAUGUCAAGGGAGAAUCACAUGAGUGAAAGCAAUUGGGGCGAGGAAUCUGGCUCUGGAGACAAGCUCCCUAAAGUUAAUUGGUCUCAACAUGCCAGCUCUCUCAAUAACUUUUCCAGUCAAGAUAACUUGCUAGGAUCCAAUUUCCUUUUUUCCCUACCAGAACAAAAGCCUCAUGCCAGAGAAGCAAUGGCUGUAAGGUCUACAAUUUGUCCAGUCCCUAAUGUGAGAUUGUCUGACCCUUUAGCUGAGAAGGCUUGGCAACUUCUAUCCAGCCUUCGGUUGUCUUCCAAGAGCUACACUAAACCUGGGAAAACUCUACCACUAAGUAUAGAUGCUAGUGCUUCUGCCAUAGGAAAAUCUGGUCAAGCUAAUAAAAAAUGGUCUUCUAAUGUGAAUAGCACUUCCUUUGAGCAUGCCCCAUUGCAUCAGAACUUCAGCAUAAGUAACAAUGAAGUUGGAGAAUCCAGAAAAUCUGUAGGGGCUUCUUUUCCAUUGCAUGCACAAGUGGGAAACUUUGUAACUAGGCAGAAUACUGUACACACAUCGAUGGCAAAUACUUCUCAGAAUCGUCCCUCUGAUGGAUCAGCCAGCAGUGGUGCAGAUGAUGUAAACAAAAUAAAUGGGUCUAAUGGAACUUUUGUGGCUGGAGUUGAUGAUGAUGAUAUACUAGAGCAAAUUGAUGUUGACCAAAUAGUUAUGGAGCAUUAUCAAUCCAACUGUACACCUCAACCAUCAGUUUCAAAAUUUCCAUCUUUUACUCCGAUUACGAGUUCUAAAUGUAUGGCGAGAUCUGAAGACACAAAUUUGCCCUUGGAGUUGUCCUCAAAUUGCAGUCAUGGUUUGCAGCUAGGACUUUGUCCUGAGGCUUCAAAUCAUUUACAAGAGAUGAAGGAUAAGUUAAUUUGUAUUUCAAAUGAUCUACUUGACAAUGUUACUAAUCUCAGUCCAGAUCAAGUUGAAAAUCUGCGUAAAGAAAGAUUGCAGUUGAAUACACAAAUUCAACAGCUUGAAAAGUAUCUCCGCACAGUAUCAGUCAAUGAGGAAAGAAUAAUGUCACAGUUCUCUGCAUCCACCACAUCUUCCGCUAUUCAAUAUGAGACUCCUCGAACAGUUCCAUUCAGGAUUGAUCCCAUGAGGCUUGAAACACAGUAUCAAUAUAAUGGUCCAGUUGGAUUUGAUCAAUGGAAUUCUUCAUCAAUGUCAUUUGCAUCCAAUGAUAUUUCAACUGCUCCAAUCAAUAGAGAAGCUUAUAUACCAACAUAUAUAGAAGUCAAUUAUGUUGAUGGUUCAAGUGACAAAAAGUGGAGCAGCCGAGACUUCCCUUGGACAAAGAAGCUUGAGGCUAACAACAAAAAGGUAUUUGGCAAUCACUCUUUUCGCCCCAACCAAAGGGAGGUGAUUAAUGCUACUAUGAGUGGAAAUGAUGUAUUUGUCCUAAUGCCAACUGGGGGAGGAAAAAGUUUGACUUACCAGCUUCCAGCUCUCAUUUCUCCUGGGAUUACUUUGGUCAUUUCACCUCUUGUUUCACUCAUUCAAGACCAGAUAAUGCAUCUGCUACAGGUCAACAUUCCUGCUACUUAUCUUAGUGCCAGCAUGGAAUGGGCUGAGCAACAGGAGAUCUUUAGAGAACUUAAUUCAGGCGUUUGCAAAUACAAACUUUUAUAUGUCACCCCAGAGAAAGUUGCUAAAAGUGAUGUUCUAUUGCGACACUUGGAGAGACUACAUGUCAGUGAUUCACUUUCUAGAAUUGUUAUUGACGAAGCACAUUGUGUAAGCCAAUGGGGACAUGAUUUUAGGCCAGACUAUCAGUGUCUAGGUAUCCUGAAACAGAAGUUUCCAAAUGUACCUGUUCUUGCCUUGACUGCUACUGCAACACUCAGCGUCAAGGAAGAUGUUGUUCAAGCUCUUGGUCUUUCCAACUGUAUUCUCUUUCGGCAGAGUUUUAAUCGCCCUAAUUUACGAUAUUCUGUAGUCCCAAAGACAAAGAAGUGUUUGGAAGACAUUGAUGCCUUCAUAAGAGAAAAUCAUUUUGAUGAAUGUGGAAUCAUCUAUUGUCUUUCAAGAAUGGAUUGUGAAAAAGUUUCUGAAAAGUUGCAGGAUUAUGGACAUAAAGCAGCAUAUUACCAUGGCAGCAUGGAUGCUGCUCAGCGUGCACAUGUUCAGAAACAAUGGAGCAAGGAUGAGGUCAAUAUUAUUUGUGCAACUGUUGCGUUUGGAAUGGGUAUCAAUAAGCCAGAUGUUCGUUUUGUCAUUCAUCAUUCUCUACCAAAAUCUAUAGAAGGCUACCAUCAGGAGUGUGGCCGAGCUGGUAGAGAUGGCCAACCUUCAUCUUGUGUGUUGUACUACAGCUACAGUGAUUAUAUAAGAGUCAAGCAUAUGAUUAGCCAAUGCAAUGUAGAGCAAAGCCCCUUCACACCUGGAUAUGGUCGUUCCAGCAUGGCAACCUCUGGGAAGAUUCUGGAAACAAACACUGACAAUCUUUUGAGAAUGGUUAGCUACUGUGAGAACGAUGUUGACUGUAGGCGCCUCCUUCAGCUUAUUCAUUUUGGUGAAAAAUUUGAUGCUGUCAACUGCAUGAAAACUUGUGACAAUUGUUCAAAAUCUCAGAGCUGCAUUGACAAGGAUGUUACUGGAACUGCAAAACAAUUAGUCGAGUUAGUGAAGAUGACUGGGCAGCAGUUUUCAUCAGCUCACAUCUUGGAAGUUUUUAGGGGUUCCCUAAACCAAUUUGUCAAGAAACAUAGACAUGAAACCUUGAGCCUGCAUGGAGCUGGAAAACAUCUAGCCAAAGGUGAAGCAUCCCGUGUGUUGCGCCACCUUGUUACUGAAGAUAUUUUAGUGGAAGAGGUUAAAAAAAGUGAUAUGUAUGGAUCCACAUCAUCAGUCUUGAAGGUGAAUGAAUUCAAAGCCAACAAUCUCUUUGCCCAAGGACAUAUAGUCAGAUUAAGAUUCCCAUCAUCCGCCAAGGCAUCUAAGCCGAGUAGAGUAGAAACAACUCCUGCAAAAGGCACACUAACAUCAAUGAUGCAACAAUCUGAGGUUGAGGUUGACCUGGACCUGUCAGCCAAACUGUAUAAUGCACUACGGAUGCUUCGAACUAACCUUGUUAAGGAAGGUGGAGAGCGAUUCAUGGCUUACCAUAUAUUUGGGAAUGCUACAUUGCAGCUCAUAAGCAAGAGGGUACCUAGAAAUAAAGUUGAGCUGCGAGAGAUCAAUGGCAUUGGCAAGAAUAAAGUAGACAAAUAUGGCGAUCGAGUAUUGGAAACCAUAGAGGCCACCAUUAGGGGCCACUACUCGAACAGCGGCAGUAGCAACGACAGCACUGAUUCAGGCAAGAGGAGAAGGGAAAGCGCAAACAUGGCCAAUGCAGGGUGCGAAGAAGACGACUUCGCCGCGGAAAGCACCGCCCGCUCCAAGAAAAAGGCGCCAAAAAAGCACCGGAAACAGGACGAGCCUAUUGACUACGCGGAUCUAGGAUACUUCGACGAUGCAUUUAUGGACGACGCUGAUCUCGAGGAAAACUCCGAUCCCCAAAUCAAUGGCGGCAAUGGAGGGAGAGUGCUACCUUCAUGGCGGGCGCCGGGGACUUAGAAUUUGAUUGUAGCGUUACGAGCCGCUGCCGUCUGAAAUUAUGCCGCCUCUUUUACGAGUGCGUUUUUGGCCUUCUAAUCUUUCGCCCUUCAUAACUGUCACAUUGCCUUUCUGGAAAUCAUGCCAAGAAAACCAAACCCCGGUUCAGUCUUGGCAUGAAAUUCGU